AUGCCACUAGGUCAACGAUAUCACAUGUCCUUUCAGCAUGAUGGUGCGCCUCCAGAUAAUUCCCACAAAGUUAGAGAAUUAUUAAAUCAUAAUUUCGAGGACAAUUGGAUCGGCCACGGUAUCCUGCCCCUAAAGGUACCCGCAGAGGCCACCGGAAGUUGUACGCUGCAAACUCUGAUAAACUGUACCGGAAACGACAAAUGCGAGCUCCAAAGUUCUUCCCAAAUGAGACUUGUCGGCCCUGUCAGGGAUGUCAUCAUUCGUCCCGCCAAGCACGCGUACAGGCCUGGAGAAACCAUUUCCUUCUGGGUGCUGGCCCUCGACCACGACCUCCAGAUCGCGUCAGGCUCCAUCGGCAGCAUAAGCGUGAAGGAUCCAGCAGGAACAAAGGUCGCCUUGUGGGAUCAAGUAGCUCUGGAUGAAGGUGUGAAAUCCUUCACUCUACCGCUUUCUGAAUACGUGCGAUCCGGGAGGUGGCUGGUGCAUGUGGAGGUGGAGUCGACGGAAUUUUCGACCCCCAUCGAGAUCGCGCCCGGCGUUGGAAACGGCCUUCCUGAUGUCGCGGUAGCGGAAGAGCACUACGUCGAGCUGAGAUUCGGAAGAGAAAUGAGACGCAGAUAUAAGCCUGGACUGCCUUUCUCUGGAAAGGUGGAAGCAAUGAGCACCGAGAAGUCAGUGAGAGUCCGCGUUAAAGUCUACGAUAAUACCACUUCCAUAUACUCCCAGGAUAUUGAAAUAUCAAACGGCGAGGGCACUUUUGUUGUUCCUGCCAUCCUGGCCGACAGCGAUGUUAUUGCACUGCAGGCGGAGCUCGUGUCCGUCGAGAGCAAAGAAAUUGAAAGCCAUUACGUGCUGGCGAGAGAGCCCAUUCACAAAUGGAAUUCCUCAUCAGACUGUUAUCUCUUGAUUGAAGGCGUCGAGCACACUUUGCAGCCCGAGGAAGAGGCGCACGUGGCCAUUUUAUCAACAUGCCCCUGCGAACGUGACCUGCAUUACGUCAUCACCACGGACGGCCGCAUCACCGAUUGGGCGCAGCGCAGAUACGAGGACCCCGUGCUCCCGGCCUCCUCCGCCGCCGCUGGAGCUGUCUGCCGACUUAAUUUCAGUUUCACCGUACGAUCCGUAAUGGCGCCUGUUAGUCAGCUCUUGGUGUAUUAUGUUACACCCCAGGGUGAGCCUGUCAGUGAUGUUAUCAGUUUCGACGUCAAACUGCUACACCGACAGGUUUACGUAAAUCUAGAGGAACGGGAAUGGUGGCUUCCCGGUCAAUCCCUGGAUUUGGAAGUUGAGGCCGAACCUUCGUCACUCGUGUGCCUGCUGGGCGGCCGCGCGGGGGGAAAUGGAGAUAUCAGAUUUGAUCCCCGGAUUAGCGAAGAACACGAGCCGACAUCCAUAACAGGUGAGGUGGAUUUCCUGGAAGCCGGCGUUUCGUUUUUUCAACGGCAGUGCAUUAAGCGCAGCAAUUCCGGUCUCUCCGCCGUCUCCUACAGGCAGCGGGGCUCCGGAGCGGGGCCUUCGAACAGGAGGCGGCCUCCCGAGAGCUUCGUGGGUGGGGCACCUUUUGAUCAGCUCUGGCUCUGGAAGUGCUUUAAUUAUUCAUCAGAAAUAGCGUCCACCGGAUUGACAAUCACGGCCCCCGAAGAGGCCGGUAAGUGGUCCCUUUGGGCGCUGACCGUGUCCAGCAGCGGCCUCAGGUUUUCCGCUCCCGUCCAAGUACAAGUUUUCCGACCGCUACAAGUGGAAUUUCAUCUGCCCCCGAGCCUCCGAGUGAGGGAAACUUUGGAAGUAGACAUUAAGAUAGGAAAUAAUAUUAACUCCUGCAUGGACGUAACAGCUUUAUUGGCCCUAAGUGAGGGGGCGCAAUUCCUCAGUAAUGGCCUUUUGUAUGUCACCGAGAGGCUAAGAUUAGGACCGCACGGAGCCACCUCGCUGGUUGUGAGGCUUCUCGUCACAUCGCCUGGCCUGAAGAACAUGACAGUGGAGGUGAACGGGUACACGAGUUCGAGCUGCGAGGGCACGGAUCGCAUCAACAACACGACAUUAACUGGGGCAGUGGUGCAUUCCGCCACCGUCAAAGUCUACCCGGAGGGCAUUGUUAAGACCGACACGGAGAGCGCCUACUUCUGCGCCAACGAGAACUUAAUCAUUUCAACAAUAGACAACUACAAGUACGAGUGGAUAGCAGCACCCAGAAACCACCAGAGCAUCAUUAUAGAAAUGAAAGCGGGAAAAUCUAAAAAUAUUGGACCUCUUCAUAUCGCCCUCGGAGAAUCCCGUUCAAAAACAGAUAAAAUGUAUAGGAUAUCUGUUGGAGAUGCUGACAACAGUAAUACGUAUAUUGGAAGGGGGAAGCAUGGAUAUGGCGUCCAACUGACAAGCAUCGAAACGCCGGGGAUCCUGUCGGAGGAUGAGUGGAAAACGUUCUGGGUGACAUGGGAGAGAAACACGAUAUGCUUCGGCAAUGGUUCGGUGCCUCAUAAUAACACUCUGCUCAAGUGGAGGAUGGACAAAAAGAUUAAGAUUCAACAGAUAGGGUUCGCAUCGUCCUGGGGCACGCCGGCAGAAUUCAGGAUAUGGAACUUCAACGAAGAAUCCGGCUUUUCCCAAGUGCUCCAUCUAGACACACCGAAAUCAGUCGUGCCGGGCUCUGAAUGGGGUGAAUUGCUGGUCGCAGGGGGCUUGGCUUUGCCGGCCAUAAACAAAAGGAUCGAAGGCGGCGGCUUGACAGGUGCCCUGGCAUCCUUGAGCCCUCUCCUCACCUUGCAACACCUUGGAAGAAGAGCUAACGAGACCGAACGCCUACAAGUUCUGCAAACUUUACCUGGAAGCAUUCAAUCAAUCCUCUCCUAUCGAAAAGUGGAUAACUCCUUCAGCGAGCACCAGAUGCUGGGCAGCCACCGAUCGACCGUAUCAAUCUUAGAGGCCCUGACUAAGGUCCAGACAUACUUCAGCGUUGAUCCAGACCUCAUACAGGCCAUCAAACGGUGGGUCCAACUGCGACAGGAAGAUGACGGCAGAUUCACACCACUGGAUGCAGAUUUCAAAUUACCAUCCACUUAUGGGUUCAAUCCAACCAAGAAGAAUUUGACUUCGGACGCGGUAAUUUUCGAAAACGUCGUGGAGAUUACCGCUGAAACCGUGAUAGCUCUUUAUGAAAUUGGAAUCGAGAGUGACACUGAUUCAGACACCCUGCAGAAAGCUAAAAUAUUCCUGGAAAACAGUCUACCUAACGUAGAAUCUCCUGAGACCAUAGCCGCGGUCACCUUGGCUUUAGUUUUGGUGAGAAGCGCCACUGCGGCAUGGGCCAUAGAAAAAUUGCGAAACGCCUCUACUACGGAGGACGGUGAGUUCGGGUGGCCGCAUUUUAUGCCCCGAAGGGACGCAGCUGAUUGGCUCUACGAGUCAGAAUCGGGGAAAACCCUAAAGGAGCCUCUCGUUGCUACUGUGGAUGAGUAUAAAGCUUCCCUCUAUGCUCUUGCGACAUUCUGUCUCAUUGGUGACCUGAAAUCUGCUGAAAGUGUGGCUAGAUUUCUAUUCUAUCGAUCCCAUAUGCUGGAUAAACACCAGGAACUCCUCUAUCCGGCUGUGAAGGCUUUUUCUCAGUACGAUUCCUUAGCAAAAGACAGACACAGGUCACUCACAGUUUCCUUAGCCACUUCUGGAAUGGAGUUAACAGAUACCUUAGAAUUGGACUCUAACAAGCCGCCGCAGGUGCUGUAUCUACCAAGUUUACCCACCAAAGUGUUUGUUUACGCCACUGGAGCUGGUUGUGCCACCAUACAGGGUAAAACAACAUUUUCUACAUAUUCAGCCAAAAGCAAAACGCAGUUGCUGGAGCUAUGGUCAGGAGUUGUGGAAGAAAUUCUUCCUGAUCGCAGUUCAGUUGAAGAAAUCGAAGGAAAAUUACCAAUGCUUAAAUUAAAAACUUGCUUUAAAUGGAAAGGUAGUAAACCAUCUUCAGUACUGCGAUUAGAGAUUAGCCUGUUCUCUGGCUUUGAACUGACAACCACCCCUCCACAAUUACUAAACCCUCCCCAAGAUAUGGCCGAAAUGCAGCACAGCUAUCACGCAAACAAGCUCUGGUUUAUCUUCGCCAAUGUAUCCACCACAUGUCCGAUUUGCGUUCAGUUUGUGGCAAGAAGCGCCUUCGUAAUAACAUCGCUUCGACCUGCUUAUGCCAAAAUUUACCCAGCGUCCAGAGAGGAUCUCGCCGCGGAAACGUUUUUCCACGCUCAGUUCAAAAGCAAUUUGCUUAAAAGCGUCACGGCAGAUGAUAUGAUUACUUGGUUUGGUGCUAAUGGUACCAACACGGAACUCGUAUUAGAUACACCUUUAGAAUGUAAGGUUAAAGAGGUACAGUCAAUAAUUAUCACCAACAUUACACAGGAGACUUCUGCUACAACCUUAAUUCCCUUAAUCUUACAGAAAAUUAAUGUGAUCAGUAUGGGUACAGUUACCAGUAACAUUGAAACUACAGAAUCUGCCACAUUCAAUGAGGCUAUCACUAGCUCAUCUGACUAUGUAACUAAAGACAGUGAUAAAAACAUAUCUGGUCUCUCAGAAAUACCAACUUCAACAGAGAUUCCUGCAACAAUUUCUUUUACUGAACAAAUUACUACGAUGUCUAGUGUUUCUACCAAUACAGAAGAAAUGGAAGAAAAAAAUACCAUACCUCAUGACGACAGCAUAGUUAAAUUCAUUAGUCCUAAUUUAUUUGCUGACAAUUUGACUUACAGAAAGCAAAGUGACCAUGUUACAACUGAACUCAGUACUGACGCAGAGGAAAUAUCUACUACUUCAAAAUCUUCCGAAGUUGCUUCAAUUUUUGUAACUCCAAGCACUACAAUAUCAACAACAGACAAAUUGGAAGAGUCACUUCCAAGAAAAGUUACUGAAAGCAGACGUCACUCACCUAUCAAGCACAUAAACAAGGAAGAAGUCCACGAUAUACCAAAAAAGUACGACAAAGUUAAAGACGAAACAGAGGAACAAGUAACUUUUGCUCCGGAAAUAAAAAAUGAUCAGUACAUUCUCUUAGACAAAGAAGCACUGUGGGGAAUGUUAAAGGAAGUUGUCGACGACGAAUUUAAGAGAAAAACGAAUUCGAAAAUUAUCAACAGAGAAAAAUUAAGUCAGGGAUUCACGUAA